AUGGCAUCCAAGAAGUCCAAAAAUGAAUACCCUGCAUUCACGAACUUCACCAUUAAAGUGGACGUUGAAGGUUCAUGGACCAAGGCAGUGAAAAAGGUAUUGAGCAGUGUUCAAGGGGUGACUAAUUUCAGAAUGGAGAACAACGGGAAGGUAAAUAUUUCAGGAUACAUCGAUCCAACCCUACUUCUAAAGUCUCUGGAGAAAGCAGGAAAAACAGCAGAGAUAGUACAUUGGCAAUAUGGAGAAUGUUCAACCAACUUGUUUGAAAAGACAGAAUCACCCUUGCCCUUGCCCCUGCCCCCGAUUAAUAACAACUUGUAUCUACUAGAAGAAGGAGGAGGAACUACGCCUUCAAGCAUCUGGAAUGUUCAGGGAAUGCUUCCGACUGUUGUGGACAUCAUAUACAAAACCCAAUAA